AUGAAGCAGCAGAGCGCGUCCCGCCUUUGGGGUUCGGGAGCUCGGAGACAGGGACCUGUCAGUCCGCUGGGCCCACAGGGCCAGCUGGAGCGCUGCCGUCUCCGGGCGCUCAGGGCUACGGCUCUCCUUCCCCGGGCGCCCGCCAACUUCCUUUCUCCCCGGGCCCUUCGGAGCCUCCCUGACCCCCCUGGCUCCUCUUUCCCAAAGCCGCCGGGGAUAAGGGAUCCUGCGACUCUGUUAAGGCCACAAAACAGUAGACGCGUCUGGGGCCAGGAAGGGGACGGGGUGAAACUCCGUCUCGCCGCCGUUCCUCUACGCUCCGGUGACGCCGCCUCGGCAGCGGCGGCAGCGGCAGCGGCAGCACGGACCGCGGCGGCACCUGACGGCUGUGACGUGGGCUCUCCCUUCAGCCGGCCUGCGGGGCACCGCCAGUCAGUCGGGGAGCAAGAGCCCCGCGCGGAGCCGGCGCGGGCUCCGCUACUGGCGCGCCGCCUCCCGGGGGCCGGGCUCGGGGCUGCCGGCGGACUGGCAGCGGGCGGGACGCAAGCCUCGGGUCUGGAGCAGGGGAAGAGGAGAGGCGGCAGGCGCAGCCGCCGGAACAGAGGGAAGAUUUUGGCUCUGCCGAGGAGCCCUCCGUUCCCUCUGGCAGCAGCGCCAGACGCCGACUGGGGUCAGCGGCCGGGGAAGAGGACCCACGACCCUCUCCCUUCGCCGCGGGAUCCUCUGGAGUUCGGACUUCUGCAACUGUUCGCACUUUGGAGUACUGGUUCUGUUUUUGGCGGUUUCCCCUUCUCUUCUAGCUGCCUCGAGCCCAAAGCCCCGUCCGCCCUCCGCCUUCUCGCGCCCACCCACCGCCUCCGGGGAGCGGCCCGGCACGCACUCUGCAACAUGAGGAGGCUUGGGACUUGCCUGGCGACUUUGGUCGGACUUUUGCUAACUGCAGCCGGGGAGGCAUUUUCAGAUUUACCUUGAAAAUGUCACCGGACUUUGAGAGAAUCAGUCGAAGAGUGCUUUUCACAGGGCAGCCUCGCCUCCGCCUUCCUGCUCCUGCUGCUGCGAUCCAGAGCUGAUCACUAGGUGUAGCUGCAUCCCUAACCCCACCUGCCUCAGCCAGAAUGCCCAGCCUUCCUGGUGGCAGGCUUUCUGGACUCACAGCUGAAGGAAGGCAUGCUAUUUAAUGGAUCUUCAUCUGCCCGUACGUGUGUCUCUGACCCUUUACUGUGAAAUUAAAUUCUUUAGUGGGAGUUGUAGUUCCACUAGUAGUAGUUUAGUUUGUGGUUGUUUA